GAUCUGAGUAAUGAGAUGUGUCCUCACCGAGGCGCCUCGCAGUACCCAGCACUGAGCCUGGAUUGAGAAGCUGGACCCGAGGGCUGGCAGCAAUGGGCUCCUGGUGUGAUCCUAGACAGCUGGUGGCAGCGAGGACAGGCCUGGGCAUCUGGAGCAGGGCUGGGCAGAAGCAGGACUGGAGUGUCUGAGCAGCCCCCAAACCCUCCCUGCCGGGCCCACCAUGGUCCAGAGACUAUGGGUAAGCCGCCUGCUGCGGCAUCGCAAAGCCCAGCUCUUGCUGGUCAACCUGCUGACCUUUGGCCUGGAGGUGUGUCUGGCUGCCGGGAUCACCUAUGUGCCCCCUUUGCUGCUGGAAGUCGGGGUGGAGGAGAAGUUUAUGACCAUGGUGCUGGGCAUUGGUCCCGUGCUAGGCCUGGUCUCGGUCCCACUCCUGGGCUCGGCCAGUGACCACUGGCGUGGGCGGUAUGGCCGCCGAAGGCCCUUCAUCUGGGCCCUGUCCCUGGGUGUCCUGCUGAGCCUCUUCCUCAUUCCGAGGGCCGGCCGGCUGGCGGGGCUGCUGUACGCAGAUGCCCGGCCCCUAGAGUUGGCACUGCUCAUCCUGGGCGUAGGCCUGCUGGACUUCUGUGGCCAAGUGUGCUUCACUCCCCUGGAGGCCCUGCUCUCUGACCUCUUCCGGGACCCUGACCACUGUCGCCAGGCCUUCUCCGUCUAUGCCUUCAUGAUCAGCCUCGGGGGCUGCCUGGGCUACCUGCUGCCUGCCAUCGACUGGGAUGCCAGCGCCCUGGCCCCCUACCUGGGCACCCAGGAGGAGUGCCUCUUCGGCCUGCUCACUCUCAUCUUCCUCAUGUGUGCGGUCGCCACGCUGUUUGUAGCCGAGGAGGCGGCGCUGGGCCCCCCGGAGCCGGUCGAGGGGCUGUCGAUCCCCCCUGGAACCCCCCACUGCUGCCCGUGCCACGGGCGCCUGGCCUUCCGGAACCUGGGCGCCCUGUUUCCCCGGCUGCACCAGCUCUGCUGCCGCGUGCCCCGCACCCUGCGACGGCUCUUCAUGGCUGAGCUGUGCAGCUGGAUGGCCUUCAUGACCUUCACGCUCUUUUACACGGACUUCGUGGGCGAGGGGCUGUACCAGGGCGUGCCCAGGGCUCAGCCAGGCACCGAGGCCCGCAGACACUAUGACGAAGGGGUCCGCAUGGGCAGCCUGGGGCUCUUCCUGCAGUGCGCCAUCUCUCUGGUCUUCUCCCUGGUCAUGGACCGGCUGGUGCAGCGUUUUGGCACCCGGGCUGUGUAUCUGGCCAGCGUGGUGGCUUUCCCCGUGGCUGCCGGCGCCACGUGCCUGUCCCGCAGCGUGGCCGUGGUGACCGCCUCUGCUGCCCUCACCGGCUUCACCUUCUCAGCCCUGCAGAUCCUGCCCUACACGCUGGCCUCACUCUACCACCGCGAGAAGCAGGUGUUCCUGCCCAAAUACCGAACGGAUGCUGGAAGCGGUGGCAGUGAGGACAGCCUGACAGCCAGCUUCCUGCCAGGCCCCAUGUCUGGAACUUCCUUCCCCAAUGGACACGCAGGUGCAGGGCCCAGCAGCAUGCUUCCGCCUGCACCGUCGCUCUGCGGGACCUCGGGCUGUGAGGUCUCCAUGCGGGUGGUAGUGGGUGAGCCAUCCGAGGCCAGAGUUGUCCCUGGCCGGGGUAUCUGCCUGGACCUCGCCAUUCUAGACAGUGCCUUCUUGCUGUCUCAGGUGGCCCCAUCUCUGUUCAUGGGCUCCAUUGUCCAGCUUAGCCAGUCUGUCACUGCUUAUAUGGUGUCAGCUGCAGGCCUGGGUCUGGUUGCUAUUUAUUUUGCCACACAGGUAGUAUUUGACAAGAAUGACUUGGCCAAAUACUCGGUGUAG